AUGGUAAUUACCGCUCCUUUUUCCGAAAUAGCCCCAGGCACUGGCCUCAGUGGCGAUGAGAAGCCUAUAAUCGACAUCGUCGCAGUCCAUGGCCUCAAUCCCUUCGGAGGGGCUGCCCAUUCCAUUCGCACGUGGACCAAAAAUGGUCGACUCUGGCUCCGAGACGACCUCCCUAAUGAUAUGCCAAACGCGAGAGUACUCCUAUACAAAUACGACUCUGUCCCUGUUCUGGCCAGCACAAAGCAACGCCUGACUCACGAAGCUACGGAACUUCUGAACUGUAUUGAGGUAGAGCGAGAUCAGGCUCUUGUGAAUGCCCACAAUAAUCCACAAUACAACCCCAUCAAAGAUUACACGCGCGGGCUUGCCUUUUUCGCUACUCCUCAUGGAGGAGGGAACGAGACACUUGUGUCAUACGGAGCGAAGUGCGCCAGAGUCAUCAACUUCAUCACAAAUUCGCACUAG